AUGAAGUUCGCCCUCCCCGUCCUCGCCCUCGCCGGCCUCGUCGCCGCCCAGGGCCAGUCCCUGCUCGAGUCGGUCCCCGAGUGCGCCCGCGAGUGCCUCGGCGACGCCAUCAAGAACGGCACGCCCUGCGACGCCUCCGACGCCGACUGCAUCUGCGAGCCCGACAACUACCGCAACACCUACACCGUCGGCCAGGCCUGCGUGCUGCAGGCCUGCGGCGCCGUGCGCUCCAUCGAGGAGGUCCUCCCCGCCGCCGCCGGCUUCUGCGCCGCCGUCACCGGUGGCUCCGCCGAGAUCACCGAGUCCGGCGUCCCCCAGCCCACCCUCCCCGCCUCGGCCGCGCCUGAGUCCCCCAGCAGCACCGGCGCCGCCAACGCCACCGCCACCGGCGCCGAUUCCGACGCCUCGGCCACCGAGACGGGCGCCGCCGCCACCGGCACCGGCGGCAGCGACAGCGGCGCCGCGACCCUCGCCCGCGGCGGUGCCUGGGGCGCCCUCGCCCUCGGCGCUCUGGCCCUCCUCUAA